ACAUAUAGAAUGGAUCAGCUAAGGUUCGACGGCCGUGUUGCUGUAGUUACGGGUGCCGGUGGUGGAUUAGGAAAGGCUUAUGCCUUACUUCUCGGUUCAAGGGGUGCUAAAGUGGUGGUGAACGAUCUUGGAAGCGCAAGAGACGGUGUUGGGAAAUCAAAUUUCGCAGAUGCUGUUGUCAAGGAAAUUAAGGACAAAGGCGGAGAAGCAGUUGCUGAUUACAAUUCAGUCGUUGAAGGCGAGAAGAUAAUUAAGACGGCUCUUGAUAAUUUUGGUCGUAUUGAUAUCCUUAUCAACAAUGCCGGCAUUCUACGUGAUAAGAGCUUCCAAAAGAUGUCCGAUCAGGAUUGGGAUUUGGUGCACGCAGUCCAUCUUAAGGGUGCGUUCAAGACCACGCAAGUUGCAUGGGAAACGUUCAAGAAACAGAAGUUUGGUCGUGUCAUAAUGACCUCGAGUAACGCUGGUCUGCUUGGAAACUUUGGACAAGCUAACUACAGUGCCGCAAAAAUGGGCCUCGUCGGUCUGGCGAGCACGUUGUCUAUCGAAGGCGCGAAGUACAACAUCAAAGUGAACACCAUCGUGCCGACCGCAGCGUCCCGUCUCACGGAAGACAUCCUCCCUCCAGACAUGUACCAGGCCAUGAAGCCUGAACUCAUCGCUCCUGUUGUUGCGUACAUGUCCCACGAAUCGUUCGAAGACAGCGGUUUAAUCAUCGACUCCACGCUCGGUUUCGCGACGAAGGCUCAUCUCAUUAGAUCUCAAGGAGCUCCUUUAAGGAGGAAGCCAACAGAUCCUGUAACGAUCGAAUCGGUCAAGGAAAAAUGGGGCGAAGUGGUUAACAUGAAUGGUGCGAGACGAAUUGAUAAGAUCGCCGAGGUCACCGUUGACUUGGUUGAGAAACUACAGGAAUUUGAAGAGCGCAGUAAGUUAGAUACGGAUCGUGAAUCGUACUGGGCGACCUACAAAUAUAAUUCCAAGGACCUCGUCUGCUACGCGCUCGGAAUCGGAGCAUCCGUUGUUAACGAAUCGGACCUCAGGUUCCUCUAUGAGAGCCACGAGAAUUUCACGGCUCUACCGACCUUCUUCAUCCUCCCUGGAAUGGUCAUGGAAUCGCCUGUGAUUUCUCAGGCCAUGCCGCCAGGCAAACACGCUGACUUCACCAACAUUCUUCACGGAGAGCAGUACAUCGAGUUUGUCGAUCAGUUCCCCGGCAACGAGGGAGAGUUCACCAUCCGCAACUACGUCGUCGACGUGCUCGACAAGGGCUCCAGCGCCGUCGCCAUCGUCAACAGCGAGGUGUUCCAGGACCGGCAGCUGGUGCUGCGCACGCAGCAGCACAUCUUCGUGCUGGGGCAGGGCGGGUUCGGCGGCGCGCGCAACAGCUCGCGCGCCGCGGGCGUGCAGAGCGCGCCGCGCCGCGAGCCCGACGCGCGCGUCACGCAGCGCACCGCCGACGACCAGGCCGCGCUCUACCGAUUGUCUGGAGACUUGAACCCACUCCACAUUGACCCUAAUGUGGCUACAGCUAGUGGACACCCAAAGCCUAUUCUUCACGGACUGGCAUCUCUUGGAUUCUCUGUGAGACACAUUCUAGCUAAAUACGCUGGAAAUGACCCUUCAAACUUCAAGGCGAUAAAGGCACGCUUUGCUAAGCCUGUCCUACCUGGACAAACCCUCAUCACAGAAAUGUGGCUAGAAGGAAAGCGCGUGCACUUCCAGACCAAGCUCAAGGAGACAGACAGUGUUGUUAUUGCAGGAGCCUAUGUUGACCUGAAGAAUGUUGUCAAGGAUGGUAACUCAUCUCCUACCACACAAUCAGCACCAUCAUCUAGCAACUUAAAGAGUGACUCCUUGUUUGCUAAGAUUGAAGAUGGUAUCAAGGCUAAUCCAGAUAAAGCGAAGAGUGUAGGUGCUGUGUUCCUGUACAACAUAACAGAGAAUGGAAAGACUGUGAAGCAAUGGACACUUGACUUAAAAUCAGGUUUGACUGUAUAUCAAGGAGAACCAAAAACAGGAAAGGCUGACACAACAAUGACAGUAUCCGAUAACGAUCUCAUGGAUAUUGCAGCUGGUACACUCAGCCCACAAGUUGCCUAUCUGAAGGGAAAAAUUAAGAUCGCUGGCAACAUCAUGUUAGCUCAGAAAUUGGGCCCUCUCUUGAAGAGUGGAGCCAAAUUAUAAAAGAACAAAAAAAGUUUAUUUCUGUAUAAAUAUGUUUUUAUAUGUAUUUAAUAUAUUUUAUUUAAGAUGGGUGUUAAGAAAACUAUUAAAAUUAUGUUAUAGUUUGAUUUGAAUUAUUACAAGCUAUGUAUUUAAAAAAUAUUUGGCAUCAUAAAUAAUUUACUGUCAGAUUAUUUGAAAAAGAUAUGUGAUGAUUUUAUCUUGACUGCAUCAUUCCUAUAUUUUCUAAAACACAAAUUCUAUGUCAAAUAUUGAAAUUACAUGUACGAAAUUAAAAGGAAAGACACAAAUAAUUUAAAACAAAAAAUUAAUAUAAUUUAUUUUAAGAGAUAUUAUGUUUACAAUCAGAUAAUGUUAUCUUUAUAUAAUUGUUAUUCAUUCCAGAUAAAGAUUGAAUUAAGGUGAUGGAAUAAUAAAAUGUAUUUCAUAAA